AACCCCACGGGCCCCGGGGAGCGGGGCCCGCCCGGCGCCGUCGAGGUGAUCCGCGAGUCCAGCAGCACCACGGGCAUGGUGGUGGGCAUCGUGGCGGCGGCGGCCCUCUGCAUCCUCAUCCUGCUCUACGCCAUGUACAAGUACCGCAACCGCGACGAGGGCUCCUACCAGGUGGACCAGAGCCGCAACUACAUCAGCAACUCGGCCCAGAGCAACGGCGCCGUGGUCAAGGAGAAGGCCCCCGCCGCGCCCAAGGCGCCCGGCAAGGCCAAGAAGAACAAGGACAAGGAGUACUACGUGUGAGCCGCCCCGGCCCCGGCCCCCAGCCGCCACCCGCCGGGCCGCGGGCCCACGGGCGCCUCAGACUUCUCUCGCCAAGAGGAAACGCAAAAAAAGAAAAGAAAAGGGGAAAAAAAGAGAGAAACGCAAAAGGAGAAAGCAAGCUGAGCGCCCCCUCGUCGGCUCUCCUCCCUGGCCACCGCGGUGGCCUCCAGAGCUGCCUCCCCGGGGCCCGGGGAGACCGCAGAGUGAGGCCUCGGAGCUCCC